UAUGAAGUUUAUAGUGUACAUUUUUGUGUUUAUAACAGUUAAUGGAGAACCUUGUGAUCUACCCGAUGGUAGUAAAGGAAAUUGUGUGCAAAUAUUUGGAUGUCCCUAUUUAGCAGAUUUAGUGCGCAAUGAGCAAAGAACAGAACAAGAACUAGAAUUGUUGCAGAAUUCUAGCUGUGGUUUUGAGGGAAAUAAACCGAAGGUAUGCUGUCCUAGUUCAUGCUUGACAUUAGAAGGGGAGCAAGGGAUAUGUGUUAAUAGAGAAUCAUGUCCUCACUUACCUAAAAAUUCUCAAGCGAAAAGUGGCUUGGUUCUGACUCUGAGAGUAUUUGUUGUGGACCUUCUCCACACGAUAAUAAAAUAUCUAAAGAAAAAUGUGGAAUCAGCAUUAGUGCAUUCCCAUAUCCGCCGAACAGCAAUUGCUGUGGUACAGAUGGUGCGACUGAAAUAAAAUUUUCGCAUGGCGGUGGCCGAAUAUCAGGUACUAAUAUUGACCAGUAUCCAUGGAUGGCACUUAUAGAGUAUCAAGUAAAUAACAAGAUUAAACUAUUAUGUGGAGGUUCCCUCAUCAGUGGAAAGUAUGUUCUGACUGCUGCUCAUUGUAUUGCUGGAUCGGUACUAUCGCAAGGAACACCGAUAGGAGUACGUCUUGGAGAAUAUGACACUACCAAAGAAUUGGAUUGUAAUGAAAAAGAUCCAUUUCUUGGUGAUCUAGAAUGUGCACCAAAGAACGCCACAAUUACUAUACCAGUAGAAAGUAUAAUUCCACACCCUCUAUAUGAUCCUGUCACCAAAAAACAUGAUAUAGGACUCAUCAGGCUAAAAGAUUUGGCACAAUACUCAGAUUAUGUGCGUCCAAUCUGUCUACCGUCUCAAGAUUAUAUGCUCAAGCAACCACUAGUUUUUAAUUUGUUUGUCGGUGGUUGGGGCAUUGGCUCAUCGACACAUCAAAGCAUGGUCAAAAGAGAUCUUUUAUUACCAUUGGUUAAGCAAAAGGAUUGUCAAAAAUAUUUCAACAUUCCACAACAAAAUAUUACACUAUCGAGUGGGCAGCUUUGCGCUGGAGGUGAAAUAGGUAAAAGCUCUUGCAGAGGUGACACUGGUGGAACACUAAUGUACAGAGGGAGAAACUUCGAAGCCCUAGGAGUUAUGAGUUUCGGCUCGUUAUGUGAGAGAGAAGAUAUUCCUACUGUUUAUACUAAUGUAUAUGAAUACCUUGACUGGAUUUACAGUGCGAUAACUCCUUGA